CACGAAAAAAAAUUAGGGUGGACGGGAUAAGAGUAAUACAGCGUCGUUUAAGGCGAAAACACUAAACUGUCGUUUACAAGCAAAACUAGCAGAGUUUUAUUGUCGUUUUAGUGAAUUCUCAGCGAAUCUGGUUUUCUUCUUCGCUCACGAUCACAAAAAAGAAAGAGCGAAGUUCGGUUUCGAAGCAGAAACUGAAUUGCAAUCCUUCGCCGUAGCAGCGAGAAAUGGGAGAGACAAACGCGGCGGCCACCACCGUCGACGAUGAUUUGCUUCUCAAAAACUUCUUCGCCGAAGUCAGCGAAGUUGAGAGGGACAACGAAGUCCUCAGGAUUCUGUCUUGUUUUAAGUUAAAUCCAUUUGAGCAUCUAAACCUAUCAUUUGAUUCUUCCAUUGAUGAAGUGAAAAAGCAGUACCGCAAGAUAUCUUUGAUGGUUCAUCCUGACAAAUGUAAACAUCCACAAGCAAAGGAGGCUUUUGGAGCUCUAGCAAAAGCCCAACAAUUAUUACUCGAUCAAAAUGAAAGAGAUUAUCUUCUCAGCCAAGUAAAUUCAGCAAAAGAAGAACUUAGAGUAAAGAGGAAAAAGCAGCUGAAGAAAGAUACAGCUUCAAAAAUGAAGUCUUUGGUUGAAGAGGGAAAAUAUGAUAAACAAUAUGAACACUCAGAGGAGUUCCAGCAGGAGCUCAAAAUCAAAGUUCGGGAACUGUUAACAGAACAAGAAUGGAGGAGAAGAAAAAUGCAAAUGAGGAUAUCAGAGGAAGAAGGAAGACUAAAAAGGGAUGAAGAGGAACAGAAAGAAAUGUGGAAAAGAAAGCGUGAACAUGAAGAGGAAUGGGAAGGAACAAGAGAAAAGAGGGUAUCCAGCUGGAGAGAUUUUAUGAAGGGUGGAAAGAAGAAUAAAAAAGGAGAAAUUCGCCCUCCGAAGCUUAAGACAGAAGAUCCAAACAAAUCCUACGUUCAGAGGCCUGUAAAAAGAGGUUAGGGCUUGUGCCAUUGUGUUAGAGGAUCAAAGGCAAUUAAUCCAACGAGGAGUGUAUCAGUCUGAUACUUGUAACCCAUAUUUUUCACUGCAUCCCGAGAUGCAGCUUUAUGGAAUGUAAAACUCCGCCAAAUGAAUACGCCAUUUUGGGAUGUUGCAUGUAUACAUAGGAAUUAUUAAGCUGUAUUGCCCUAGUAUUUUUUAGUUAUAAUGUUAAAUCCAUUUCUGCUA